UUUUCGAGUGUAUUAACUAAUAACUUUACAAAUUUACGUUUAUUCUCCUAUUAUACUAUAUUUUCUUCAAAACUCAACUAUCAACACUAGCCAACAUGUUUAGUUCCGCUUCUGCGACACCAUCUAAUUUAUCACUUGACUUACCUUCUUAUAUGAAUAGUUCAACUUCAAUUGACUCUAUGGAAGUUGAUCCUUUUUCAGAAGAACUCCAUCUUACAAAAUCCCGUCCUACUUCACUUCAACGUAAUACGCGACAAGUUGAUUCCGAUUCUGACGAUUUGAAUGGAUUAGCAGAACUAGAAUUAGAGCUAAAAUGCUUUGUUUGUAAGGACUUUUAUAAUGUCCCCAUGUCGUCAAAAUGUCAACAUACGUUUUGUGCUGGGUGUAUAAAGUUUGAUUACAAUAACAAAACAACUGCGUUAUGUUGUCCUAUUUGUGAAAAUUCUUUUACAACAUUUACACAACUUUAUAAGAAUACUGUGAUAGAAGAGCUUAUUAAAGAAUACAAAACUAAUAGGGGAUUAAUUAUGAAUUUAUACACUCUUGGUAAACAAGCUAAAAGAAGAAUAAGUGGUGGCGAAGGGAAAGCACCAGAUUCUUUCAAGUCAAUUCCAGAUUGUAAUUCCGAUUUUUUAUCGGUUGAAGAAAAAACUAUAUCAAAACGUAUAUUGGAAAAAUCGUUUAAUAUAAAUGAUAGCGAUAAUAACGAGCAAAAGAGGCGACGAAUAAAUGAUAAUGAAAAUAAGAACUCAAUCAAGCUAUUUAAAAAGCCAAAAAUGGCGUAUUCCGUAUUGAAUGAUAGAAAAUUGAAGAAUCUAUUAAAGGAUGAGGGUUUGUUAACCCACGGAACUAAAAAUGAAAUGAUAGCUCGUCAUUCUUAUUUCAUAAAUCUUUAUAAUGCAAACGUCGAUGCGACAAACCCAAAAAGUAAAGGAGACUUAUUAAGAGAAGUGAAAAAAUGGGAAAAAGCUCAGCAGAGCAACGAAGCAAAAAAUGCUAAUUUAAUUAAGAAGUCAUUAACCAAUCCGGAAGAAAUCAAUUUUUAUGCUCAUAAAUAUAGAGAACAUUAUGCAGAAUUGAUCCAACAAGCCAGAAACAACAAGAAGCGGAAGGAAAUGUUUCGCUAAGAUUUGAAACCCAAUUGUCUAGCUUUACUUCACUUCGGUUAGCACAAUUAAAUUUAAUAUUGUAUAAUUAUAUACUGAUGCCAAUAAAUCAAAUCCUUAUAAUAAUAAUUUUAAGUUUACAAAAUAGAUAGAUUUUCUAAUUAAAUUAUUAAAUUUAAUAAUAAUUAUUUCAGCCUGUAUUUAAAAAUAAAUUUUCUUGUUCCCAUCUCCUCGAACCUACCCGUCUUCCCGAAAUUUACAAAAAAGUAUAAAACAUUAAUAAAAU